UGUCGGUCUGUCCGAGCUAUGGCGUUCUUCGGAUGCUCGCGUGCGAUUCACACCGCUGCUCCUCGUUCUUGACGUUUAAAACCAUUUCGAAAUAUCCAAGCACGGAGGCACGAAGAAUCGUAUACGCGAUUUUUUUCGUACUUUUUAAAAAGACGAAACGUUAUCUUUUCCUCCUUUUCUUUUUGUCCUUUCGAUUCCAAAUUUUUAGAGAGAGGAGUCUAUUUUGAAGUAGGUUCCCAUAUUAGAAAUCUGUCUCUAUAGUCUAUUUUGAAGUAGGUUCCCAUAUUAGAAAUCUGUCUCUAUAUUUCAAGAUUAUACAUUUCCCUCCUCUCAUGUUGAAAGAGUACGCAUCGUACUGGAGAUAGUAUGAGGAAAAAUCAAGCGAUCAAACAGUAAAAUAAACGGAUUUUAUUCUCAGGAAAGAACUAUCAGAUCUUAUUAUUUUAAGAUUUAUCAGAUCUCUUGAAGACGGCCGAGCCGCAGUCCAACUCUGAAAGAAAACGACACCCCACCUGUUGUUUCGAGCCGCAGUCCAACUUUGAAAGAAAACGACACCCCACCUGUUUUUUCGAGCCGAUUCGAACGACAGUCCAAAUCCGACAGAGCUAUCCUUCCGUCUUUUGCUUUUUACCAUUCAGGGGUGGGAACCAAAGUCCAACUGGGACUUCUCUUGAAGCACCACGUCCGGUUGUCUCUACUACAUGGACCCAGUUUUGACAUCUUUGAAUUCGGCCCGGAUUUUGGACGGCUCAAACUCGAGACAUGAUAUGUAAUAAUUGAACUCGUUCGACAGAUGAUGCGAUGGUUAAUCGAUAUCUGAAAAACUGGUCUCCAUGAUAAAAAAAAAUUAGAGAAAAGAUAGAAAGAAGAACAAAAAUCUCGUACAGUGGAAUCAUGUGAGCUGAUUAAGCUGAUCGUGUAUUGACGUACGUUCCAAACUUGCCUGUUCUUAGUUUCAUUUAGGAUAGGCCGUGUCGCUUAUCCGAGCCACUUCGAUGACGACAACGUCAUCAUCGUCAUGUACUCAAAUCUUGAGCCACCACAACCCAAGAUCUCGACAUCCCUGGUCUUCUUUUCCCUUCUCAUUUUCCAUGUUCGAGGGAAAGUUUAUUUCUUAAGAUGUUUUUCGGUCGUCGAUAUACAGCGAUAAUGGAGUGUUUGAUCGACAUGAUCGAUAUAGCACAUUGCGGCUAAUAUGAGUACGUAUAAGCACGGAAGGAGCCGAGGCAAACGGAUUGAUUAACAAUCACCACUUUUAGAUCUGUUUUAAGCUACGGAUUCGUAGUGCAAAAGCGAUCGAGUUCAGCGAGAGGCUGAGCUAUUUCGGAAUAGCAACGAAUUUGAUCUCCUACCUCACCAAGGUGAUCCAUCAGGACCUUGAGACAGCCGCAAAGAACGUCAACUACUGGGCCGGCGUCACCACGAUGAUGCCCUUGAUCGGUGGCUUCCUAGCCGAUGCCUACACCGGCCGGUUUGCCAUCAUCCUAGUCUCGUCCCUCAUCUAUCUUAUGGGUCUGAGCCUUCUCACGAUGUCUCAAUUCAUCCCAACUUUGAGUCCAUGCGACGGUCCCAGCCCUUGUAGCCGAACCCGAAAAGUGCACGAGGUCGUGUUCUUUUUGGCCCUGUACUGCAUAUCCGUCGGCACCGGGGGCCACAAGCCAUGCCUGGAGAGCUUUGGAGCCGACCAGUUCGACGACAACCACGACGAAGAGCGGAAGAAGAAGAUGUCCUACUUCAACUGGUGGAACUUUGCGCUCUGCUGCGGCCUCUUGCUGGGAGUGACCGUCAUAGUCUAUGUCCAGGACUAUAAGAGUUGGGGCGCCGCCGAUCUCAUCCUUACCAUCACGAUGGCGGUCUCGAUCGGGAUUUUCUACUCCGGCAGGUCCUAUUAUCGGUACCGGACUCCAGAAGGAAGCCCUCUCACGCCAUUGCUGCAGGUUUUGGUGGCGGCGAUCCGGAAGCGAAACCUGCCUCAACCUUCGAGUCCCGACUCGCUCUUCGAAGUCCCCGCACCGGAGAAUUCUCACAAGCGGCUCCUUCACCACACGAAUCGACUGAGAUUCUUCGACAAAGCCGCCAUUCUCGAAGGAGGUGAGGCGGCCUCCGGUGGAGAGAAAUACAACCCAUGGAGACUAGCAACAGUGACCCAAGUGGAAGAGAUGAAGCUGGUGCUGAACAUGAUCCCCAUUUGGCUGACCGCAUUGCCCUUCGGCGUCUGCGUCGCGCAGGCCUCGACCUUCUUCGUCAAGCAAGGCGUGGCGAUGGACCGGAGGAUUGGCAGCUUUGAGAUCCCCGCCGCCAGCACGUACGCCCUGGCCGCCGUCGGGAUGAUAUUCUCGGUGACCGUCUACGAGAAACUGCUCGUCCCGAUCCUGAGGAAAUCCACGGGCAACGAGAGGGGCAUAAACAUACUCCAACGGAUCGGAUUCGGGUUGAUCUUCUCAGUCGUGGCCAUGUCGGUCGCGGCAUUGGUCGAGGCGAAGAGGCUAAGGACGUGGAAACACGACGCCCUCGUGCAGAAAAGGGCGACGCCCAAACCAUCCAUGAGCGUGUUCUGGCUAGCGCCGCAGUACCUCAUCCUCGGCCUCGGGGACGGCUUCACGCUCGUCGGCCUGCAGGAGUACUUCUACGACCAGGUCCCCGACUCGAUGAGGAGCCUCGGGAUCGCGAUAUAUCUGAGCGUGAUCGGGGGCGGGAGCUUCCUGAGCAGCUUCCUCAUAACCAUCGUCGACCACAUCACGGGGCAGGCCGACGGCGGCCAGGUAUGGGUCGGGAAGGACCUGAACUCGAGCCGCCUCGACCGGUUCUACUGGCUGCUCGCCGCGAUAAAUCUGGCGAACAUCUGCAUUUACGUGGCCGUCGCGAGGAGGUACACCUACAAGAACGUGCAGCGGAGGGCGGUGGUCGCGAGCGAUUGCAGAGAAGAUGGCGAGGAUGGUGAGGCAAGGGCUUAAUAUGAUGUAGAUUGAAGUUUGGUCAUGCAAGAAUGCACAACUUUCAGCAAUAUUGGACCUGCUAAAUGGGUGUCAGAAUUCGGUUCAGUUCGGAUUUCCUAGAAGCCCAAAUCAAGCCGAAUCGUUUAAGCGUGUAUUAACUUUGAAUCAAACCGUGCCCCGAAACAUAUAUCAACCGAACCGAAUGGUUCGGAUCAAGUCAAAUUGGUUUGUGGA